AUGGGAGGAGUUUGCGGACUUUUGCUACAAACGUUUGAUGAGAGAAAGACGUGGUACGGCGCUCGACAAAACUGCUCCUGUCUGAAGGCCAAGCUGGUGUCAAUCCGCUCCAAGGUUGAGCGGGAUUGGCUGCAAGACCUCCUGACAUCAGCCCCCGGCGAAACGUGGAUCGGACUGAACGCCCCGGUGUUUCCCGGCGAAUUCGUGUGGUCGGACCACCAGAAGGUGACCUUAACCAACUGGGCUCCGGAAGAACUUGGCGACAGGUUGGAGAAUUGCGUGGCCGCCUUGAGCCAGUCUGGCAAAUGGAAGAUGAUGUCGUGCGCGCAACUCAACGGCUACAUGUGUAAGAUGCCCAUGGAGCGUUAUGCGCUGGAUAAAGGCGGCAAUACAAGUGGCGAGUAAUCAUACGAAUGCAAU